AUGACAACUUCUUUCGAGCUCCCAACGGUAAUAAUCUCUUUGCCAACUUCACAUUUCUCAAAUUGUUUGAGAGUUGAUACUAGUGGUGAUGUGAUCUAUUGUCAUUAUUUAGAUCAUGCUCCUGGGAAUGGCAACAAUGGUGGCGACAAUGCCAAUGGCAAUAAUCUGCAAGGAGCUGGUGGCGACAAUGCCAAUGUCAACAAUCCGCAAGGUGCUGGUGGCAACAAUGCCAAUGUCAACAACCCAGAAGGGGCUGAGGAUGAUGAUGAUGAUGCCAAUGGCAACAAUCCUCAAGGUGCUGGUGGCAACAAUGCCAAUGUCAACAAUCUACAAGGAGCUGGUGGCGACAAUGCCAAUGUCAACAAUCCGCAAGGUGCUGGUGGCAACAAUGCCAAUGUCAACAACCCACAAGGAGCUGAUGAUGAUGAUGAUGCCAAUGGCAACAAUCCUCAAGGUGCUGGUGGCAACAAUGCCAAUGUCAACAAUCCACACGGAGCUGAAGAUGAUGAUGAUGAUGAUAGUGAUGAUGAUGAGGAUGAUGAUGAUAACGAUAAGGAUGAUGGUGAUGACAAUGAUGAUGAUGAUGAUGAGGAUGAUGCCAAUCCACAAGGAGUUCAUGGCAACAAUCUGCAGGAAGAUGAUGAUCUACACGGAGAUGAUGUUGCUGAUGACACUGUGAACAGGGGAGAAGCUGAUGGUGAGGGACAGCCACCACCUGGAGAGAUUUGGAUUGGUAUUCCCGAAGGGGUGAAAGUUGAGAAUGAUACAGAUGAUGACUUCGAAGAUUCUGGAAAUUUUGAUGCUACUGACACAGAUACCUUUUACGACGCUGUUGGAGAUGACCUGAUGAAAGAUAACAUGCCAAAACUUGUUACUCCUGAACACAAAGUUCCUCAAACUGUAUCCUUCACCCCAAGAUCUAAGAAGCCCUCAGAGCGAAGCUCAUCUCACAGGUCCAAUGGAGAAGUAAAGAAGUCAAAUGAUCGAACUAAAAAAGGAAUCAACCUAGCUGACAAAAAACCAAUGAGGAAUGCGCCAGCAAUUGUAGCUCCUGGUGGUAGCUGGUGCCUGCCUCGUACACAGCGCAAGCGUCAGGUCGAAGAUGGUGUUCAAACCCACUAAAUAUCUGAGCCCCCCACCCUGUCCACAUGCACAGUUGCGGAUGACAGACGACACUUGGUCUGACGGAUGAUACACUACAGCAUACUUUGAAGAGUUGUCCUGUGCCAAAUCAAGAAAGAAGGCACCUUUUGCCUGGAAUCAUGGCACCAUCAGCAUCCACUGGUCAGAAAGUCAACCUGAAGGGGUACAAGACCCUACCCCAUGCUAUUCAGCUGGUAACGAUGAUGUCGGGGACGUCUUCAGCUUCAACAUUGACGAUUGGGGACCAGAACAAGAAGUUCAAGGUGAGCCGUGCUUUGACGUGGAUGGUGGUUAUCUGCAUACCGGCUACUUUCAUUGCCAUCACAGCAGGUUCGGCCUACAGGAUGUAUAACAAACCCAUCUGGGCCGCCGGCUUCCCAUCGAGGCUGCCAGUUGUCUUGAUGUUGGGAGCUUACCUGGCAGUGGUGAACCUGGCGCUGGGGUACUUGACCCUCUACUUGCCACAGGCACCCUUCGCUGUGUGGAAAGCUCUGGAUGAUGUUGGUCUCAGGUUGAUUGGCCUUGCCGUUAUCUUAAUCUCUGGCCCUGUUUUGUUGUCUGCCCAGGCGUGGCUGCACAUCAUCUGGGCUUGCCUUCUUGGCGUCCUCAUUGCUGCCAUCCUUGCCUUCUGUGUCUGUCUUGCUCGGACGUACAGCAAGUAGCCUCUUGCUACCAUGGCUUAGAUGCCGCCUUUUAGGCCCGUACGUGCAGUACGGGCCUGUCCUCGUAAACUAGCUAGCGGCUUAGAUGCCGCCUUAGACCCGUACGGGCAGUAGCGGCUUAGAUGCCUUCUUAGACCCGUAUAUGGGGCAGUACGGGUCUGUCUUUGUGAACUAUACUAGCUGUCGUUUGCUAGUAGGAUAAUAAUGUCGUCUCUUCAAGGUGAAGUCACUCUGUAAACAGUCUGCUGCUCGUGUGUUAUUAAUUAUUAUUAUUAUUGUCUUUUU